AUCAGGGGUUGGGAAGGGAGAGCGGAAUGUACGGCAUGCCUCGUGCAUCUGUGCUGCGGAAGGCAAGCUGCACAUGGCGUAGCUUGGCGCCCAACCUGCCUCCCUACCUGCACCGGCCUAUUUCGGGGGUUUGGGGGGCGGGAGCCAGUUAAGAGGGGACUCCGCUAGGAGGGGCAGUUGGACAAUCCUUCCACAAGCCUCUCCCAUGCAGCCCUACAGACCUACAGACCUACACACAUGGUGAACUACCACACAUGACCUGGCUACGGACGUCUCUAGCAGGGCCCUGCCCGUGCCUACCGCUUCCUCCCCUACCUAACCCUGCCGCUGCCCCACUCUCGGCCCUGCUGCUGCCCCCCCCUCCCCGGCGACUGCUGCUCCUCUUCCCCGGCUCGCUCUCUCCCUGCUCCUCCUCCCGCGUGGCGCCAUCGCACAUUCCAGGAUGAGGUACGUGGGCCCUCCCCGCCUGCUUCACUUUAGCCGUUAUUUAGUCGGGUCUUCAGUCCUCUAGCCGGGUCCUCAAAAGAAGUCCAAGAAAUCUGGCCCCUGCUCCCUGCGUGCCAUUAUGCUUUGUGCACACAUACACCAUGCCUCCUCCCCGUCAACCCCUAACCCCGCACGUCCGUGCUCCCAUCCACCCCGCCCGCAACCACCCCCACCCCAUCACAGCGGAUGGUGGUGUUGGUUCAGGAGUUUGCGGUGCGCGGAGACCUGUACGGCAUGCAGCGGGCGCUACGUCAGCGUCUGAGCGAGCGGCAGCUGGUGGACCUGGUGGUGGCUCCGCUGCUGUCGGGGCUGAGCUACUUGCAUGGCAGGGGGGUGUGCCACAGGGAUAUCAAGCCCGAGAACCUGCUGUUCACCCACGACUGGCGGCUAGUGGUCGGCGACUUCGGAGCCAGCAUCAACGUCACACAGGAGCGAGCCGUGACCAGGGCCGGAACAUUGGAGUACAUGGCUCCCGAGGUGGAGCGCUGCCCGCUCAAGGUGCUGCCCGGGGACAACAAAGACAAGCAGGAGCUGGCAUACACCACCGCGGUGGACGUCUGGGCAGUGGGUGUCCUGGCCUACGAGCUUCUCGUGGGCUUCCCGCCGGUCGUCACACCCGACGCCGCCGUCACCGCCGCCGCCGCGGAAGUCGCCGCCUCGCCGCAGGGCCCGGGCGAGGCCGCCCUCGCCCUUGCCGCCGCCGCGCGUGCACUCGCCCACAGCCGCAGUCGCAUCCAACGGAACGACCCCGACGCCGCCGGCGACGCCGCAAUCGCCCCAACCGCCGCCGACGCAACCGCCGCCGCUCAGGCCUUCCUGGCCGCGAAUGCGAGCUGCAAGACGCUUAGCUUCCCCGCGUCCACCUCGGCUGCUGCGAGGGACUUCAUCAGCAUGGCGCUGGCGGAGCGACCUGAGGAAAGGCCUACUGCGCAACAGCUGGCGGGACACGUAUGGCUGCGGCCCUUCCCUCCGCCAACACCGCAGCCGCAUCAGCAGCAGCCAUCAUCGCCGCCGCAGCAGCAGCCAUCGCCGCCGCAGCAGUAACGGCAGCAUGGGUAGCAGCAGCAGACGCCGCAACACCAGAGGUAACUGCAGUAGCGACAGCAUGGAUAGCAGCAACGGAGGUUAGUGUCGUGGCUGAAGUGCUGCAACGGGCGAGGCGUACGCGCCUGGGCUGUGACAACUGUUGCGGCGGCGGAGCCAGCUGCAUGGCCAGUGUCUGCAGCAGCCAUGUAAGAGCAGGGGCGACUGUCUUGGCAGCAGCAACAGCAGCAGGGGCAGCAGGGCGUGGGGUGGAGUUGCCAGCAAGCGGCAGUCAGCAAGGUGCGUAGGGCUCUGCGGCCACAAUCGCAAAUGUCUGUGGUCAUGACGGGUGCUAUACCCCUGCAGCUGGGCCACCGCAGCCGCUGCUGGUGCCGGCUAGUCCGCUGCAUGAAACUCUUGUCAAAGUGGGGAGAGGAGGAGAGGAAAUACCAUGCACGCUACGAAGGAUAGUAGGAAACACCUGGGUGCCUAGAAAUCCCCCGUUGAAUGGAUGUUGCAAUCUGAUUGAUCCGAACGUCCGAUGGUACAACGCAUGCUUGAAACUUUCCGAAGCGGGGGCACAGGAAACACACAGACAGGGCGGGGGCAGGGCGGGAGAGGGGCAGGGCGGCUUUCGUGUGUUGGGGACUUGAGGGACGCUUCAGACGGGAGGGGUUGGGUCUUGUGGGCCAACUAGCUGCUGUCAUUUUGUUGCAAGUCUACCAAGAUGCCCGCAUACAUAGUUUUUGGAAGAAUUGUUGUCUGCCUUUCUUCUCCCUUUCCGCAUCGGAGAACCUUCUGAUGUAAGGAGCGACGGCAAAGACAGCAGUAGGUUUGGGGACGCGGUGGGCGCUGACGUUGUUGGGUUGCAUGUAAAGGUCCCCAUCUUUUCCAUGGGACACGAGUAAGUGGUCGUUGUUGAUUUCCAGAAAGCCACUGUUGGUGCGUAGAGAACGCGAUGAGUGAGAAGAAGCGAUUUCGGAAAGACAGGAAGAACCGGGAGCAGCAUGGGUUGUGCUGGAAACUCCCUGGGAGAAAGGGAUGCGUUUGCCAGGAUUGCCGGCGGGAUGGCUGACUGCUGGAUGAAGACGACCUGAACUUUUCUAAUGAAGGACGCUUUCGGGUCCACCGCCACUGCUGUUGAACUCUUAUCGUUAGCCAUCAGCAGGUGUGUCUGUGUCUCAGUCGUUGGCGGUUGUGGUGCUAAGCACCUCCUUUGGCUAAUUUGCAUGCACGCCUUGCUGCUUCCCGACCCCGAUAUCUCUUCCCAUCUCAUUGCUGCCUCGUCCUGGUGCGAAUGCCGUAAAUGUGAUAGGAGGCCCUUUGAGGCGAUCCGUGAUGUCGGAUGCUACCAAUCUUACCCGUAUCUGGCUCACGUAGGGUUUGUGUCAGGCGGUAAAGGGCAACGAUUGUUAACGUUAGGACGGGUCCUGCCUGUUUGUUGAGUUGUUUUUGCUCAUGUCAGGCGGAUGGCGAGUAGCUGCAAGUUAGCUGGUUCCUUGUGAAGCCGGCUGCACGGCUCUGGAAAAGAGAUUGGAGUAUCGGAAGUCACAAGAAUUUAAGCUGAGACGUUCUUGCUUCAAAGCAAGAACAAUGCAGUGCGAAAUUGCUCAAGUCGAUCCUGGCUUCAAUGCAGACAUGGAAGUAAGAAACAUUUGUUACAAGUGCAGAUGCGUGGCAGGGGCCAACAAGCCAAAUGAAGCGCAGUCUUUUGCGCCGUGGAUUCUGCUUUUAGAUUCAAUGUCGUAAUGUCUAUUCGUGCGGCGAUGGGAACAGCAUCGCCGGCGGUGAAUCGCUUGUUUGGCUUUCCUUUCCAAGACACCUGGACGUCUAGACGUGCUGCCUGUGUCUGAAGGCAUAUUUGCAGUCGUUUCCAGAUAUGGGGUCGCCUGUGAAUCCCAAUGUGUCCAGUCGAAGUUUUAACCAUGUGUGUUUAAUUCAAGCAUGUCAUGAGCUGUGCCUCGUAUCUCUCCUCUGAAUGGAUAUGGAGAGACCCAUGGGUUGGCCCAUUGAGGUUUUGGAGGCAGGAUCUCCAUCGUAAUAUUUUUAGAAAGGUAUGCAGGUUACGGUUCGUACAUACCUAGGUAGUCGGGUGCAUGGGUGGAUCGCGCAUGGGCGUGUGCAUGGAUAAAAUGGAUGCUAAAUCUCUUACCGCCGGCAGCUGGAUGGCAGGGCGACAGUUUUCUGCGUGACAAGCUGCGCACGCGUUUGUGGUUGCUGACUGCAGGCAUGUGCGAAUGAGCAGUUUCCUGUGAGUUUGUGCAAGGGACCCACGGCUAGUUUUUUGCAGCAGUGGGAAGGAAGGGAUCUUCGCAAACCCUUAGGAACUUGAAUCGUGGCAUGGAUGCUUAUGGGUGUCUGGAUAUUGGAUUUUCAUGUGCUUGACAGUCAGAGGUCCCAUACCGGACGUGAAACGGCAUGCUGGAUUCUACGAAUGACGGUAUGACUAGCUCCUAUCAGCCCAACUUUUGGGCUCUGUGUUUCAAUCCUUUGGUCUCCGACCCAGAUUCCUGGUAUGGCCUGUUGGAAUGGUCCUUUGGCGACAACUUGCAAGCCGUGACGCAGGGCUAGCUCGUACAUUGUUGAAUGUGCAUUGCCAUGUCUUCUGUCAACAGCAACAGGGGGAGGUUCCGUCCUGCUUGACGUGGUUCAUUAUUGUCGUAAUAGUGGACCUGCUCCCAGGCGAUAUGCCGUGCGUUUUGGCGUAGUAGUUAUGCACCGUACGUUAUGCACAUGCCGUGUAUCCUGCCUCGAAAUGCCGCCAAUUACUGUUACGGUAAGUUCAUGUAGGUCAGGGAAGGAGGCAGGGAACUGCAAACCGUCAACGGCUUCAUGGUUUUGGGGUUAGGGGCAUUCUGUAUGCAUGUUCGCAAGACUCCCUUUUCUGUUCUGCACCCCAAAGUUGACGGAUUUGUAACAGGCAUGGUGUAUGUUGGCUAAUA